UCGAAUUAAACACAUUAUGAACACAUAAGCACCACAACUGGUUUGAUUUCAUGAGAAAAGAGAAUUGAAGACAGCAAUAUUCCCAAAGGAGGAGGUUCGUCAGUGAAAUACGAGUUAACAAUGACAGAAUUUUCAGUCAACAACUAUAUUAAAUGUGUUGUCGUCGGAGAUGGUGCAGUAGGAAAAACAUGCAUGCUUGUCAGUUAUGCCACCAAUAAAUUUCCACAAGAUCACGUCCCCACUGUUUUUGAUAAUUAUGCAGUGAAUAUUGAAAUCAGAGGGACACCAUAUAUAUUAGGUUUAUUCGACACAGCCGGACAGGAAGACUACGACAGGUUGCGAGUCCUUGCGUAUCCCAGCUCCGACGUAUUCCUGGUCUGUUUCUCGGUAGUCAAUCCUACUUCUCUGACCAAUGUUGAAGAAAAAUGGGUACCCGAACUGCGACAACACAUGCCAAACACACGAUUUAUUCUCGUAGGGACCCAAGUCGAUUUGCGUGACGACUUGAAUACCAAUAACAAAUUGCAAAAAGACAAGCAGCGUCCAGUUACUUUUGCGCAAGGAGAAAAAAUGGCGAAGAAAAUAGGAGCUGAACUUUAUUUAGAAUGCUCAGCGCUCACUCAGCGCGGACUCAAAGCAGUUUUUGACCAAGCAAUUCUGACUGUUUUGAAUCCAAAACCAGAAAAAACAAAAAGUUUAAAAAGAAAGUUUAAAAAAGCGUUAGUGUGUUGGUAAAGUGGCAUCAACUUCAAAUAAGGUGUACUUUUCUUGAUUUUCUAGUCAUUCCUAAACAUUAUUGGGAAAUUCGUCAGUAUAGUUUUCUUGACUGAUGACAUCUGUUUGUUAAAUAGAUGCAAACAGAACUGAGAUGUAGACAUUUUGUACAGUUCAGAACUUUCG